AGAUAGCAAGCUAUACAGGUCGUCGCUGCUUUGUAUUAUCAGCGUCAGAAGAAACGGUUGCAGACACAAAGAAACACCAUGUUUCUGGAAGGAAAGAACGACGGGUAGGCCGCUGACUGCAGCCACGUGCAACGCGAUGAUUGAUACGGGAUGGCACCUUUUGCCCAAAACCUGCUGCAUCCCUUGAGUCACUCUGGCUUAAUGCCGGCCGGUAUCACCGAGAAGGAUUGCGACUUCCCAACCUCCCCUUGCUUUUAAAUAAACACUCGUGACUGCAUCACGUAUCCAUCUUACCACCUUUUGGAUUUUGCAGCUAAAAUGACUACGCCGUCUCCUUCAUUGGCUCAGGCCAUUACCAAGAAACAGCCCGAGGGUAUUGACCUCUAUGCUCGUUUCGCUCUUGCCGGUGCUUUGGGUUGCUCCAUCACACAUGGUGGCUUCACUCCCGUCGAUGUUGUCAAGACCAAGAUUCAACUCGACCCUGCCACAUACAACAGAGGCACCAUUGCUACCUUCCGCCAAGUGAUCGCUAAUGAAGGUGCUGGUGCUCUUUUGACCGGCGCAGGCGCGACCUUCUCUGGUUACUUUGUCCAAGGAGCCUUCAAGUUCGGAGGUUACGAGUUCUUCAAGAAGCAGUCCAUUGAUUACCUCGGUCUUGAAAAGGCUAGAGCUAACCGUGGUCUGGUCUACGCCUUCUCCGCCGCCAGUGCCGAGUUCUUCGCUUCCGUUGCUCUGUGUCCUUUGGAAGCUACUCGCAUCCGUCUCGUCUCUACUCCUGGAUUUGCCAAUGGCCUGAUCGGUGGUUUCUCGAAAAUCGCAAAGACCGAGGGCCUCGGUGGUUUCUACUCAGGUUUCGGUCCCAUCCUCUUCAAGCAAGUCCCCUACACCGUCACCAAAUUCCUCGCCUUCGAAAAGUUCUCCGAAGCCAUCCUCAGCACAAUGGACAAGUCCACCAUGAGCAGCGGCACAGCCACUACCGUCAACCUCGGCAGUGGUCUCCUUGCUGGAUUCGCCGCCGCCAUCGUCUCCCAACCUGCCGACACCAUGCUCUCUAAGAUCAACAAGUCAAAAAGUACUGGCGAGGGAACUGUUACUCGUCUCAUAAAGAUCGCAGGAGAGCUCGGCCUGCGCGGAAGUUUUGCUGGUCUGCCUACUAGAUUGGUCAUGGUUGGUGGUUUGACUGCUGGUCAAUUCGCCAUCUAUGGUGAUAUCAAGAAGGCGCUUGGUGCCGAUAAGGGUAUUGAGAUUGCUAAGUAGAAGUACGAGUCAGGAGUGGAAGGACAUGGUGUGUUGCGCUUGCUGAUCUGAAAAUUUGAGUGCGACUGAGUAUAGAAGUGGUAAGAUAAAGCAUGUUUGAUUUUUUCUUGCAUACUACUUGCUUUGAAGCCGAAGGAUGUCGGUGUACAUGACCAAGCUGCACGUGUUCUCGCAUUUUUGAGUGAACAUCAUCUCACUGUCUACUAAUGGUCGCACCGCUCUCUGCUCUUCCUUCUAUUGUCCCGUCUUUCCUUCUCUUCUCGAUCAUUAAUAUCGUGCUCGCUGGGAUAAAAGAUAUCAGACUAUCCUUGUUGAGUCUUGUCGGACACUAUCUGAGCCAUCGUAUCAACAACAUGGGUUG